UGUUUAAGGAAGGGAGCUCCAGAGAAAACAGAUCCAGUUCCUCAAUCCUGUGGCUCCGGAAGCUCAGCUUUGGGCUAACUUCCUUCUGAUAAAAUAAAUGACUAUGGACUGGAAGGAUCAGUCAUCCUUUGGAUGACAAGUCAGGAGGUCUGAAUUUUUGUUCUCGCUCAGCCACAAAUUAUUCAUGAGUCCUGAGACCCACUCUGUGUCCAGGACUCAGUUCCUCCGCCUAUAAAAUGUGGUUGCAUAGACAGUGAGGGUCUUUCCAGCUCUGAGUUCUGGCAGGCUUCAGCCGUCAACACUAAGCAAUGCCUUGUCCUGGAUGGAGGACGACCCUCAGAUGGGGCUGGGAUUCCCAUACCUCCCCGCUGUGAACAACACUCUCUGGCCCUUUGAUGACCCUGCUCACUCCCAACAACCCUGCCCCAUUGGGUUCAGCCUACCCCUCAGCUGGACAGUGCUCUGUGGGCAGUGUGAAUCCUCGGCGGACUCCCUAACACCCCUCCCUUGUCUCUUUCAUCUCCAGUCUCCCACCGGCGGAGCAGGAAUAAACUUUCCCAGCUAAGUUAGACGGAUGGUCCACAGUAGCCUGUCGUGCUGCCCUUCUCCUGCCUCCCCACCAACGCCCCUUUAUCAAGGGAGGUGUCUCUGUGUGGGGGGUAGGCUGGGGGUUAGAGCAUUUGGGUAGGGUUGGGGGUACCCUGCCUCUCAAGCAGGAAUGGUACCCCCGGGGAAGAAACCAGCUGGAGAGGCCUCCAACUCCAACAAGAAGUGCAAGCGUUACUUCAAUGAGCACUGGAAAGAGGAGUUUACCUGGCUGGACUUUGACUACGAGCGGAAGCUGAUGUUUUGCCUUGAGUGCCGCCAGGCCCUGGUACGGAACAAGCAUGGCAAAGCUGAGAACGCCUUCACCGUGGGCACCGACAACUUCCAGCGCCAUGCCUUGCUGCGCCAUGUGACCUCGGGGGCCCACCGCCAGGCUCUGGCUGUGAACCGGGGCCAGCCCACUUUUGAGGGCCAGGCUGAGGGAGGAGGGGCCUACCCAGGCCUGGCGACCACCCCUACCUCCAGGGACAUCAAGGUGGAGGUGGACCCGGCCAAAGUGGCUGUGUUGACCACAGUGUACUGCAUGGCCAAGGAGGACGUGCCUGACGACCGCUGCUCUGCCCUACUGGAGCUACAAAGGUUCAACCUGUGCCAGGCGCUGCUGGGCACGGAGCGUGGUGAUUACUACAGUCCCAGGAGGGUGAGGGACAUGCAGGUUGCCAUUGCCAGCGUCUUGCACACAGAGGCCUGCCAGUGCCUGAAGGCAUCCCCAUAUGUGGGGCUGGUGUUGGACAAGACCAGGGAUUGGCCUGAAUCCCACGGUCUGGCCUUGUUUGCCACUUCAGUGUCCCCCUGUGAUGGUCAACCUGCCACCACUUUCCUGGGCAGUGUGGAGCUACAGGAGGGUGAGGCUACUGCUGGCCAACUCCUGGACAUCCUGCAGGCCUUCGGUGUGUCUGCACCCAAGCUAGCCUGGCUCAGCUCAAGCCUCCCCAGGGACCGCCUAGGGAGCGUGGGGCUGCAGCUCCGGGCCACCUGCCCGCUGCUCACAGAACUACACUGCCUCCCAGGCCGGCCAGAUCCCGAGCCCCCUGCCUACCUAGCAGGCCCAGCAUCCAGUGCCCCCAGCCCCCUGCUGGCCUCCCUGCCCCUGCCCACCAGGCCUCUGCAGCCCCCGCUGGACUUCAAGCACUUGCUCGCCUUCCACUUCAAUGGCGCUGCCCCGCUCAGUCUCUUCCCCAACUUCAGCACGAUGGACCCGGUCCAGAAAGCUGUCAUCAGCCACACCUUUGGGGUCCCCUCCCCUUUGAAGAAGAAGCUCUUCAUUUCCUGUAACAUCUGUCACCUGAGGUUCAACUCAGCGAACCAGGCUGAAGCACAUUAUAAAGGUCACAAACAUGCCAGAAAACUCAAGGCUAUUGAAGCCGCCAAGAGCAAGCAGAGGCCCCAAACCCUGACCCAGGAUGGGACGCUGGUGUCCCCAACCCCCACUGUGGCUAGCGGAGCCCCUGAAGAGCUGCAGAGCAAAGUAGUUCCUGCAGACCCUCCUCCUGGCCCCCCACUCCAGCCACCACUGACUCCGGACUCCACACCCAGGGCGCCAGCGCAGUCAGACCUGUUGGAUGGUGCCUCCUCUUCCUCUUCUUCCUCCUGCCCCCCCUGCUCCCCAGAGCCUGGGACAGAGGCACCGGGGCCUGAGCCGGCAGCAGCUACUGUGGGAAGCAGUGUGAGUGGGGAAGGCAGGAGUGAGAAGGGGCGCCUCUACUGCCCCACGUGUAAGGUGACAGUGAACUCCGCCUCCCAGCUUCAGGCUCACAACACAGGAGCCAAGCACCGGUGGAUGGUAGAAGGUCAGCGAGGGGCUCCCCGAAGGGGCCGGGGCCGCCCAGUGCCCCGCGGAGGAGCUGGACACAAGGCCAAGAGAGUGACCGGGGGCCGGGGGGGCCGGCCAGGGCCCAGCCCCCCUUUCCACUGUGCUGUCUGUCAGCUCCAGGUCAAUUCAGAGACCCAACUCAAGCAGCACUUGAGCAGCAGGAGGCACAAAGACCGCCUGGCCGGGAAGCCCCCCAAACCCUCCAGCCAGCACAGCAAGCUGCAGAAGCACGCAGCGCUGGCUGUGAGUAUCCUCAAGUCUAAACUGGCCUUGCAGAAGCAACUCACCAAGACGCUGGCAGCCCGCUUCCUGCCCAGCCCGAUCCCCACUGCAGCUGCGGCCAUCUGUGCCCUGCCAGGGCCCCUGGCCCUUCGGCCUGCCCCUACCACAGCUACCACCCUCUUCCCAGCUCCAAUCCUGGGCCCAGCCCUGUUUCGAACCCCAGCGGGAGCUGUCCGCCCUGCCACGGGACCCAUCCUCUUUGCCCCCUAUUAGCCCUCCUAGGGAGGCCAGAGCUGACUUCCCAGCAGUGACUUUCCCCACCCUCCUCUCCCCAAGUUGCCUCGGUUCCUACAUCCUACAGGGGACUUUUUUAUAGCCUAGGUUUCCUGACCAAUCUAGGAAGAGCUAGGCUAGUUUUAAGGACGACUGCCCUUCACUCUAUCUCAUUGGGGAUUCAGUACCCCCUGGCCCAAGGGCCAUCCCCACCCUCAUUUCCCCAGCCUUGUAGGGCUAGUCCUGGGCUCCCCUGCAUUUCCAGCCUGAUUUACAGGGAGCAAACUGAGAAAUCCCAAAGAUCUAUGCAAAACCCUAGCCUCAGCCCCAUGGUGCUUUCAUUUCCCUCACUCAAGACCUAUACCCACAUGGCCAAAGUUCCUAGAAAUCUUAACUUUUAGCCUGGGGUUGUCUGUGACUGACCUCUGCUCCCAUGUUCUGGGGAGGCCCUCCCCAUUCACUGGAGUCUCUGGAGAAUGACGAGAUGAGGAGUGGGCUCUCAAGCUAGUCAGUUCAACACAAUCUGGACAAGAUGACCAUGGGGGUGUGGUGGGACUGGAAGAGAAAGGGACCCGUGCUGAGGUGGGGCACAGCCACGGCAGGGGCUGGUGCUGAAGCUUUUGGUGGUCAUAUACUCCAAAGGGAUAGGGCUAGGACAGGGGUGGUGAUGAUGUUCUGGCUGGGUUGUUUUAAUUGAGGAAGUGAUCAAUCCCCUCUUAGCCUUUUACUGAUUUCUCCUGAACCCCAGCUCUGGGGUCCGGGGUACUGGGUCUCCCUCAGACUAUGGAUCCAGUUAACACUGAAUCCCUGCAGGGCUCCCAAAUGCAGAGCUUUCCUCUCUAGCUCUUCAGCUGGUCGCUAGCACUUAAUCCAGCUUUCCCUCCUCCCAACCAGCAUCCCAAGCCUCCCUCACUGUGAAGCUGAGUGUUGGGAUCCAGUCUGAUAACCACAGACACAUUUUCAUGCUGUCAAAAUUAAUGUCACAACCUCCAUCCUACCCCAGUACAGCUCCCCUCACCCCACAAUAUGGGACUUUGCCAGUAUCCACCUGUAUCUUUUCUUUUUUAAAGGUAUUUCCAAUGGGAGAAUAAGGGAGGAGUGGGAGGGAAACUUUUUGAUAACAGUUGUGGUUUUAUUGUGUCCAAUGCAUCAAUAAAUGAACUUUAAGCCCAA